GCAUAAUUUUUUAAAUAAAUUGGGCGAUGUUAUAGGCUUAUAGCUGUCAAUUUGCUGAGCUGUGUUUGGUUAAUGGGCAAUACAUGCCGCGGAUUUUUAGGAGGGAAGCAGGUUCUGAGAUACGCCCAUCCCCAAGAUCAUUCCAGCUCCAAACAUAACCCUUCCUCAGGCCAAACCAAUUCAUCAGGCAAUCAAACUUCAGAUACCACCCGACCCGACCCGAAAGAAGACCAGCAGCUCUCUUCUAGCAUCAAUCCUAGAAAGGAAAGCAUCAUGAGUUACAGUGUUUUAGAUCACAAGACUGCCAACAUUUGUGACCUCUACACGUUGGGACGUCGACUAGGGCAAGGUCAAUUCGGUACCACUUUUCUCUGCACCGAAAUUUCUACUGGUAAGGAGUACGCCUGCAAGUCUAUUUCAAAGAGGAAGUUGAUUUCGAGUGAAGAUGUUGAGGAUGUUAGGAGGGAAAUUCAGAUAAUGUAUCAUUUGGCUGGUCACAAGAACAUUGUUAGCAUCAAGGGUGCUUAUGAGGACCUUUUGUAUGUUCAUAUUGUUAUGGAACUAUGUGGCGGGGGUGAAUUGUUUGAUCGUAUCAUUGAACGGGGCCACUACAGUGAGAGAAAAGCUGCUGAGUUGACUAAGAUAAUCGUGGGAGUCGUUGAGGCAUGCCACUCACUUGGGGUUAUGCAUCGUGAUCUCAAACCAGAAAACUUCUUAUUGGUUAACAAGGAUGAUGAUUUCUCACUGAAAGCCAUUGAUUUUGGACUUUCUGUUUUCUUCAAGCCAGGCCAAAUUUUCACAGAUGUUGUUGGAAGUCCAUAUUAUGUUGCUCCUGAGGUGCUUAUGAAGAGCUAUGGUCCGGAAGCAGAUGUUUGGACAGCAGGAGUCAUAUUGUAUAUACUGUUGAGUGGUGUUCCACCCUUUUGGGCCGAAACACAGCAAGGGAUAUUUGAUGCUGUUUUGAAAGGUGACGUCGAUUUUGAAUCAGACCCUUGGCCCAUAAUUUCAGACAGUGCAAAGGAUCUAAUCCAAAAGAUGUUGUGCAUGCGUCCUUCUGAGCGCUUAACUGCCCAUGAAGUAUUGUGCCACCCUUGGAUUUGUGAAAAUGGUGUUGCUCCAGAUAGGGCAUUAGAUCCAGCUGUACUUUCUCGCCUUAAACAGUUCUCAGCUAUGAACAAGUUGAAGAAGAUGGCCUUACGUGUGAUUGCGGAAAGCCUAUCAGAAGAGGAAAUUGCUGGUUUAACUGAGAUGUUCAAGUCCAUGGACACCGACAAUAGCGGUGCAAUAACAUUUGAUGAGCUUAAUGUUAGAAAACUGAUAGGAAGAACAGAUUGGCUGAUGUGGAUAACAGCGGCACCAUAGAUUAUGGAGAAUUCAUAGCAGCAACUAUUCACCUUAACAAAUUAGAGCGUGAAGAACAUCUUGUUGCAGCAUUUAAGUAUUUUGACAAGGAUGGUAGUGGCUAUAUCACUAUUGAUGAGCUCCAACAAGCUUGUGUGGAACACAACAUGACCGAUGUUUUCUUUGAAGAUAUAAUCAGAGAGGUUGAUCAAGACAAUGAUGGACGGAUUGAUUAUGGAGAAUUUGUUGCGAUGAUGACAAAAGGAAACACGGGUGUUGGAAGACGAACAAUGAGAAACAGUUUGAAUAUCAGUAUGAGAGAUGUACCAGCAGCUUAUUAGCUUCUGAAGAAACACAUCAUGUAUAAGGAAUGAGAGUAAUGAUGCAGCAAAGGCUUUAUCAUAUGCUCUGGCCCAUAGUUAGGGUCGGUAAAGCCAUGUUUGGGAAGAGGGCGGUCAACUAAGGCAACUAGAGUUGAUGUAGAUACAACGAAUUGAGACGAAGAGUAGUACUGCAUAGCAAGUCUGUUUGCUUAUGAGAUAAAUUAAGUACUACCUAGGAGGAUUUCUCAAGAAGAAAGUGAAUAGAGUUUC